AUGGUGUUGCUCGGAGAUAUAGUGCGACAGCAGCAAACAUUGAACAACUUAAACACUCUGGUACCCACGCUAGAUGAAUUAAUUACUCGUACAUCUACUGUGAGAAACAAAAUAUACGAUUUCCAAUCAUCACCCAGUUGUCAUGGGAUGUACAUUGUCACCGCAUCUAUUAUCGCUUCGCAUUUGGCUCGGGGUCGAAAAGUGGUUAUUAUUGACACGUUGAAUAAGUUUCCCAUAGAUUUAUUGCUCAGACAGGAGAAAUUUAACAAGAAUGAGCAUAAGCGAUUGAUAACACAUUACUAUUGUGAUACAUUUGGCAAAUUAUUCACAACACUUACAAAACUUAAGGUUCAUACUGACACUGUAAUCAUUAUCAAUGAGUUUCAUUUAUUGGUUGAUGUGUAUAAAUUGGAGAUGUCAUCCACGUUUGAGGAAAUGAUACUCAAGCAUCACGUUGAAUGCAAUGCAACAUAUAUAAACAAUAAAAGGAAUGGAGUAAAAACAACCUUACCGGAAAUUCCACCAGGGUCUGAUUUACUCAAAGUCAGCCCUAUUGUGAAGCUUGGGCAGCAUUUAGAUAAAUUAUUUCGAGUGCUAAAUCGUAUUUGCAUUCAGACCAAGUCUAUGGUUUUUCUAUUGGGAUAUAUGGAUACCAAGUAUCGACCGUUUCAAGCCAACACCACAAGGGAAGAAAUGCCGUUGCUGUUGUCAUCCAUUGCAUCCACAUCCUCAUCAACAACAACAACAACAUCAGCAUCAGCAUCAGCAGCAAAGACAGCCACUCCUGCAACAACAGCUAGAACGACUUUGACACCUUUAUCCACUAAUACAGGUUAUUCAUCCUUCAUAGAACUGGGUCGUGUAGUUCUUGCACCGUAUGAAUUUCACAGGUCGAUCACUAAUAGAUUCUUAUUCUACCAUGAAUGGUACCACAAAACACCACACUUUUUGCAAAAUUACCCAACAGAAAACGGUAGGGAGAAAGUGCUUUACGUAAAUCAAUCGAUGUUAAGAUUUGUUAAUGCCGUGAAGUUGGAAACACCAAGAGAAUCAUUUAGUCCUAUAUAUUUCGAUAUUGAUAGCUCGUUUUACUACGACGUCAAUGAGGCAGACGAAAAGAAAAGAAAACUUUUAGCGAUCCGCGACCUUUCUCAGAGACGCGCUGAAGCGACUCUUGGUACAAAUGAUGAUAGUCUUUGUGAGGUUAAUAUUGAAAGCGUGCCGAAGCUGACGCAGUUAUCGUCUUCACAACCAAAUUCUUUAUUGGACUCGACUGUCAUUGAUGUAACAAAUAAUGAUUACGAAAACACAGCCGCACUUAACAAUGACUACGAGCUGCCAAGUAACCAACACAAUAUUGGUGAAGUAAAUGUCAGUGAGGGAGUAAAAGAGGUUAUCGAGGAUUCUGAAGAGGACGAAGCUAUAUAG